AUGUCUACCGCUACAACCAUUGGUCUUCAGACCAGCCCUGCCCUGGCAAUUCCCCUCAUAGGCUCCUCCCUUACUGUCUUCUAUGCCUUCACAGAGACUGCCAUCUUCUAUUCCUUCCUCCGAGCUGCUGAACAUGACCCAGCAACCGCAAGUAAAGCAGUCAGACUGUGGUGGACAUACUUCCUAACUCCCGGCGUCUCUUUCAUAUUCGCAACAACAAUCCCGACAAUCAUCGGUGGCUACUACACUCUAAAAGACUUCCCACAAGGCAGCUACCAGUGGAAGCUGAUCGUCGCCGGUAUAACUUUUGCUCUCGGACACUUUCUUUAUGUACCCAUCAUCAGCGGUACGAUUCUCAGCAUCACGGAUCAAGAGGUGGAAAGGCGCCAAGAAACAUUGGGCAUGGUUAGGAAGUGGCUGAAGAUUCAUUUCUGGAGGUUCUUUUCAACUGAUUUGCCUGCUUUGCUGUGCUUUACUGCACUUGCCUAUGGCUUGUGA